AUCCCUAUAUUGCCCAUUGCCUAUCGCAACGCAGGAUGAACUAGUGGGAACAGAAACACUAUGGCUGCCAGUCUCUCCCUGACUCAGCUUUCAAGUGGGAAUCCUGUCUAUGAGAAAUACUAUCGACAGGUAGAUCCGUCCAGCAGUGGGCGUGUAGGAGCUGCUGACGCGGCCUUGUUUUUAAAGAGAUCUGGCCUUACAGACCUGAUCCUUGGCAAGAUAUGGGACUUAGCAGAUUCAGAUCGCAAAGGCUCGCUAAACAAGCAGCAAUUUUUUGUCGCCCUCCGUUUGGUGGCUUGUGCUCAGAAUGGACUUGAAGUGUCUCUUAAGACCUUAAAUACUGCUGUCCCUCCCCCAAAGUUUCAUGACACUAGCAGUCCUCUUCAGUUUGGCCCCGUGCCCACGGACUGCCCAUGGGUUGUCAAGGCGGAGGAGAAGCUGAAAUUCGAUACCAUCUUCGAAAGCCUCUCUCCUGCGGGCGGCAUGCUUACGGGCGACAAGGUCAAACCAGUGCUCCUCAAUUCUAAACUCCCUGUGGACGUUCUUGGCAGGGUUUGGGAGCUCAGUGACAUUGACAGAGAUGGCAUGCUGGACAAAGAUGAGUUUGCUGUGGCCAUGUAUUUGGUAUACAGAGCCCUGGAGUCCGAGCCAGUUCCCAUGUCUCUGCCUGCCGCUCUGAUUCCACCAUCAAAACGGAAAAAAAUAGCCACGCCUCCUGUGAUGUCCCUCCUACCAUCACCAGCACAGCAUAAAGAGAGAGACCCUGCCCACUCUGGAUCUAAAACACUGCCAGCAAAACCUACACCACCACAGUGGGUGGUAUCUCCAGCAGAGAAAGCCAAAUAUGAUGACUUAUUCACCAAGACAGACAGUGACAUGGAUGGCUUGGUAUCUGGUGCUGAGGUCCGAGAUAUAUUUCUAAAGACUGGUUUGCCAUCUGCCACUUUGGCCCGCAUUUGGGAGCUUUGUGAUAUAGGCGACAUCGGGAAGCUGAACCGAGAUCAGUUUGCAUUAGCUCUAUAUCUAAUCAAUCAGAAGAUGUCAAAGGGAAUAGACCCACCCCAGACACUCUCCACGGAAAUGAUCCCUCCUUCUGAUAGACUGGCACGACAGAACAAUGCUGCCGCAGUACAGGCUGCCGAUUUCUCUGCAAUUAAAGAGCUGGACUCGCUCACUAAUGAAAUCAUGGACCUACAGAAGGAGAAGAGCGUGGUGGAACAGGACAUCAAAGAGAGGGAGGAAACUAUACGACAGAGGAACAGUGAAGUCCAGGACCUGCAGGAGGAGGUUCAGAAGGGCUCGGAGGAGCUGAGCCGUCUGCAGGCAGAGCGACAGGAGGUGCAGGAGAAGCUGGAGAGGCUGGACGAGCAGAAACACUCUCUAGAGGAGCAGCUCAGACUCAUACAGCAACAAUGCAGCCAGGAAAGCCAACUGAUCCAGUCAUUGCAGGUGGAGCACUGCGAGCAGGAGCAGAGAAUCGGUGACUAUGAGGAAGAGUUGACCAGAGCCCGAGAAGAGCUGCUCCAAUUGCAGGAGGAGACGCGUCAGCUGGGAGAGAAAGUUCAGUCUGCCCGUGCUCAACUCUGCCCCCUUGAGGAUGCUGUUAAAGAAUCCCACACACAGAUUGCUCAGGAACAGAAGCGAUUGGCUGAGCUUAAAACAGAGGAGAGAGAAGUGACUGCACGGCUUACGUGGAAAAUCCUGGAGGAACCGGUGCUCGUCAACGGAACAGUGCCCUCCUUUGAGCAGCCUGAGCAACUGCAGUGGCCUCAACCCACAGCACAGCUGCUGGAGAAACCCAAAGAGGACAAAGUCCAAGAUGAAGAGGAGCAGUCGUCCGUGGAUGAGCCGCAGGAGCUCAGAGUCACAGAGGAGCAGCCCGGGUCAGAGGCAGAGGAGCCGUCCACCAGCCCAGAGGAGCAAGAGCCUAAAGCUGACUUUUAUAGCUCUGACCUUUACAACAGUGGGUUAUCCACUGCCAGCCCCAAUACUAUGGCCUGGCCUCAGGGGAACACGGAAAGCACAACACAAGCUAACCCAGAGCCAGAGGUAGAGGAAGAGAAGGAAAAUGCAGAGGAGCAGCCUACCACCAGCACCCCAAAGGCGGAAACUGUGGAGCCAGAGAAGAAGGAAGCUGCCCAGCCAGUUACUAACCCGCCCAGUGGUCCUGGCCUUGACUUCUUCCAUUCGGACCCUUUCACUGACAGCGAUCCAUUCACUGAAGACCCUUUCUCAAAAGUUGACGUUUCAGAUCCUUUUGGCGGGGACCCUUUUAAAGGCACAGACCCAUUUGCGGCAGACAACUUCUUCAAGCAGUCUUCAGUUGCUUUCCCCUCAGCAGAUCCUUUCAGUUCCUCCGAUCCAUUCAGUGCCACCACAGGCCCAAAAGAGCCUGAUCCAUUCACAUCCAGGACCAGUAAUGCUGUCACUCCAGACCCGUUUGCUUCCGGUAGUGGUAACAUCCAAGAUGCUGAUCCGUUUGGACCCAAAACGGAUGCCCUGGGAGACUCUGAUCCCUUUAGCUCGACUGGCACAGGACACGACCCAUUUGGAGGAUCAGAUAUUCCUGCAAGAGAUGGACCAGCAGCAGCCAAUGAUCCUUUUGCUCCAGGAGGAACUACAGUAGCCACUAACUCAGACCCAGAUCCCUUUGCUGCAGUAUUUGGCAAUGAGACUUUUGGAGGAGGUUUUGCAGACUUUAGCAGCUUAGCAAAGUCUAAUGGCAGCGAUCCAUUUGACUCGAGUACAAACAAGAACUUAUUUAAGGAGGACACUCAGUCAGAUGUUCCUCCAGCAUUACCGCCCAAAACUGGAACACCCACCAGACCUCCACCUCCACCCCCAGGGAAACGGUCCAACAUCCACCGAUCGGAGUCGUCCGAGUCAUUUCAGAGGCGUGGUCUGUUCAAGGCUCAGGGUUCUGGAGAGUUCUCCUCCCUUCCCGCUAAAGACUCGGUACCAGACCCCUUCGCCCCUUCCUCACCCAACCAAGCCCCACGUGACCCCAACCGAUUCGCCAGCUUUGACAAAUACCCCACAGAGGAGGACAUGAUAGAGUGGGCGAAGCGGGAGAGUGAGAGAGAAGAGAGGGAGCGCGUGGCUCGUCUGACCCAGCAGGAGCAGGAGGAUCUGGAGCUGGCGAUAGCCCUCAGCAAAUCCGAGCUGUCCUGACCUAAGCUUGUUACAGCGCCACCACCACCACCCGAGCCACAUUAACAAGGAGGAGGAGGAACAGAGGAAGAACUGGAACCACCACAAUUAGAAGAAUCCUUCCACCUCCAUCUCCAGUCACUUGAUAAUCAUCUAGGAUUCCAGCUUCUUCUGAAUGUCCACUGAGUUCUCCCGGUGUAUGAAGGCCAAGUUAAGAUGGAGUUAAAGGUAACAGACUCAUUGCAGCCUAUGUGGCUUGAAACCUCUGGUGUGACUCCCUCUGUUUUUAAAUAACCUCAAAUCAAGAGCGCUCCACUAAUCUAAAAUUGUCCAGUACAAUAUAAUUGAACAAGUGUUUCUGAACAAUUCUGUACCAUCUAUUUGAAGUUUAUUUUAGAGUGAUUAUUAUAAGGUUACCAGUUCAGUGAAUGGAAGUAGAUCUGUGUCAUGGAGGCUUAAAGAAAUCCACAACAAGUGUUCCAAGAUUCGUUCUCGUCCAUUUAUGGACAAUAUUAUCACAUUUGUUUAAAGUUUACAAGCAGCUGAACUGGGCAGCUUCAUUCGCUUUUCAAAGUUUCAGCAAUAGUUCUCUGACACGAGAGGUUUUUAUUGUGGGCAUGUCUGUCCACACUCAGGAACGUAUCCCACAAGCCAUGAAACCUCAUAACCGCAACCUGAUCAGUGAAUUUCAGCUAGAAUUGAAGCUGAGGUGCUGGUAACAUUGUCAUCUUACAUAAACCACUACUGCAACUGAAUUUUACCCUACUAAAAGAGAACAUUGAUGAAAUUUUGAAAAGAACAACCAUGCAACAUCCGUUUUACUAUUAUAAUCUUAACAGUACAGCAUUUAUACUUUACUCAGCCUCAUUCUGUCCUUUUGAAGAAUCAAAAUCUUGACAAACUACUAAGAGUCAUUAUUUGACAUCGCAAAUUUAUAAAUAGCUGUUAUAAAUAAUGAAAAUGUACAUAUUUGUGAAUUGUUUGCCAGUAAUCUUGUACUACAGUGUAUUCAUAUCCUAAAACAUAUUCUAUUUUAUCAAAAAACAUGUAGAAUAUAGGAAGUUUGCUUAAUAAAAAUGUCCCUUCUGUCUUAUUCCUAAUGACAUGUGCCGAAGCAAUAGGAUAAGAUGAUUUAAAAAAUAUUGUGGCACAAAAUGUGGAGCAAGUCUUGUCAUCUGACUUUCAGAAAACUGAUUUUAUGAGUAAAUAAAUAAAUGUAUAUUUAUAUAUAU